UUUUCCAUAUCCCUCGCUUCAUUAAUUGUCACUCUCACCCUCUCUCCGCCGCCUCUCUAUUUCCCUCGCCUCACACUCAUUCUCGCGGCCUCACCUUCACUCUCGUCUCUGUGCCUCACUCUCACUCUCGUCUUUCUCAUUUUGUCUUCUCUUCUCAAUUCCACUCUCGUUCCUCUCUCAUCAAUGAAAACACUCUUACUACCUCGUCUCCUCCUUCUCCUUCUUCCUAUCCCUGGUGGAGAUCCAUGGCUGCUUUCACCAUAACAAUAUGAUCACUGGAGCUGCCCAAAUGGAUGGCGGUAUCCUUGUUGUAUCUGCACCUGAUGGACCAAUGCCUCAAACCAAGGAACACAUUCUUCUUGCUUGCCAAGUUGGUGUGCCAUCUCUUGUGUGUUUUUUAAAUAAAGUUGAUGUCGUCGAUGAUCCAGAGUUGUUAGAGCUUGUAGAAAUGGAGCUCCACGCCCUCCUUUUGCCCUAUUCAUCAUAAGAAUACACCUGCCUAACUUUCUGAAGUCCUCCUCAUGUUUGUUAAAAUUUGAACUGGAUUUAUGUUCGUUAUGUAUCUGAUAGAGCUUUUGAGCUUCUUCAAGUUCCCUGGAGAUGAAAUCCCUAUCAUUAGAGAUUGUGCAUUGUCUGCUCUACAAGGUACAAAUGAAGAGAUUGGAAGAAAGGCCAUUCUAAAAUUAAUGGAUGCUGUUGAUGAAUACAUUCCCGACCCUGUUAGCCAGCUUGACAAGCCUUUCUUGAUGCCCAUUGAAGAUGUAUUCUCAAUUCAGGGUGGUCCUCUGAAAACAACAUUAGCUGGAGUUGAGAUGUUCAAGAAGAUUCUGGGUCAAGGACAAAUCUGGAAGCCAGUUUAUUGAAAAACUGCAUUAAUUGAAACAGGGCUUUCCUUCUCAUAUCGCAAAGAAUAUAGCAAGACCAAACGUAGUCGGUCCAAAUGUUGGGAGCUACCAUGCAACACACGUUUACCUCGACUGCCGCGUAUAUGUGUCUCGGGUUGAGUUGAGUUGAUAUAUGAGGACAUGGCCAAUUUGAAUUG